CACAGCGGCUUCCUCCCAGAGAACCCGGAACCGUUUAAAGCUGUAGCAGCAAAUCCGGGGAGGCCUAAAAGUCACAAGCCCCAGCCACAAUCUGAAGCAAUGCACGCAUUUACCACCCAGAACCGGAUGGCACCCAUGGUGAUCCUGGAGCCCGCGGUUGGCUGCCUUUGCGACCAGCCGGUGCACAUCACAGUGCGCGGCCUGGGCCCGGAGCAGCCCGUCACGCUGCGCGCGGCCCUGCGCGACGAGAAGGGCGCGCUCUUCCGAGCCCACGCGCGCUACCGCGCUGAUGCCCACGGAGAGCUGGACCUGGAGCGCGCGCCCGCUCUGGGCGGCAGCUUCACGGGGCUCGAGCCCAUGGGGCUGAUCUGGGCCAUGGAGCCCGAACGGCCUUUCUGGCGUCUGGUCAAGCGCGACGUGCAGACGCCCUUCGUGGUGGAGCUGGAGGUGCUGGAUGGACACGAGCCCGACAGCGGGCGGCUGCUGGCGCAGGCGGUGCACGAGCGUCACUUCAUGGCUCCCGGGGUGCGGCGCGUGCCCGUGCGCGAGGGCCGGGUGCGCGCCACGCUCUUCCUGCCCCCAGGGAAUGGACCCUUUCCUGGAAUCAUAGACCUUUUUGGAAUUGGAGGCGGCCUUCUGGAGUACCGGGCGAGUCUGCUGGCUGGGAAGGGCUUUGCCGUCAUGGCUCUGGCUUAUUACAACUACGACGACCUCCCCAAGGACGUGGACAUUAUCCACCUGGAGUACUUUGAGGAAGCGGUGUCCUACCUGCUCAGUCACCCUCAGGUAAAAGGUUCAGGAGUUGGGGUGCUUGGCAUUUCCAAGGGGGGUGAACUUGGCUUUGCCAUGGCCACCUUCCUGAAAAAUAUCACAGCUGCUGUCAUUAUCAAUGGCUCUAUAGCCAACGUCGGUGGAACCUUACAGUACAGGGAUGAGACCAUACUCCCGGUGGGCAUGAGCACCAAACGAAUCAAGAGGACCAAAGAUGGCCUCAAAGACAUUGUGGAUGCCCUGAACAAUCCUCUGGAAGGAGCUGACCAGAAGAGCUUGAUCCCUGUGGAAAGGUCUGACACAACCUUCCUGUUGCUCGUUGGUCAGGAUGACCACAACUGGAAGAGCGAGUUCUAUGCCAGAGAGGCCUCCAAACGCUUGCAGGCCCAUGGGAAGGAGAAGCCCCAGAUCAUCUGCUACCCAGAGACAGGCCACUAUAUUGAGCCUCCUUAUUUCCCCUUGUGUAAGGCUUCCCUGCACAGCCUGGUGGGCGGUCCUGUCAUCUGGGGAGGGGAGCCCAGGGCUCACACCAUGGCCCAGGUUGAUGCUUGGCAGCAACUCCAGACUUUUUUCCACAAACAUUUGGGUGGGGAAAAGAAGACAAUCCCAGCAAAACUGUGAUUUUUAUUUAAGUUUUAUUUUACUUAAGAUCUCUGAUGCUACUCUCUCCUG